ACUGCAGAUUUGCGAUAGACUUCCAGGAACGAACCAAAACAAGCGCUGGAGAGAGAGAGACCCAGCAGCGCCCAGAGAAACCCAGCCCGUACCCGGCCUGCUCCUCACCUAACCCGGCCACCCGCUCCCCCAGCGCCGCCGCUUCGCCCCGCCGGACUACGAAACCUGGAUAACUGGAAAAUAACGUAAAAUGAAAUGAAAAGAUGAUGGCUGAAGCAGUGAGACCAAAGAAAUCAAAGUCAAAGUCCUCUGGAAAGUCACAGGAAAAAAAGCAGAGACAUGCUGAGAGCACAAAGGCAUCUACUGGACCUGUGUUACCCUGCGCUCCUGUUCCUGAGCUCACUGCUGAAUUCACAGAUGUUCCUCUCAGUCUGCCACCUGAGCUGUCAGCUUCUGCCCGAGAACUUCUUCCCCAGUCCUCAGAAGACCAACAUGAGAAAGCAGAGAAGGACCAAAACAAACAAAAGCUGGGUGAUAGGACUGAGACCUAUAGCACUGCAGAUGCAGAGCCCAAGCUGUUAUCACAAGAUCUGCAGAUUAAAGUGGACCAACCUUCUCCUGCCUUUAAGUUGAGCCAAUGUGAUCAGAAAGUCCUGGACAUUAAGGAGGAGCCUUUUAACGUCUCUGCCCUUUACCCUGCUCUGCCUUCUCUGUCUGUAGAGACUCAGCUCCUGGUCAACCCAGCUACCAUCAGCUCUGGAUUAGUGGAAGCGUCUCUUAUGCCACUAGUAGUUGAAACAGCAGAAGCACCUGGGCAGGUGGGUCUGGCUCCAGCUGUUCUUCCUCUGGCUGAUCAGGAGUCCUCACCCCCUAGCCUGGUUCCCGUAGAGCUGGUGGAGUCUGAAAUGACUGAAAGGACCCAGGAGAGGCUGUACCCAGAGCUGCCCCGACCAUGCCAGACAGUCCAAGCCUUCACCUUCGAGCAGCUGAGGAUGUGGGAGCCGGGGUCGUGGCUGGAGAACGUGGAGCUCCAUGCUUCAGAAUUCCAGGCCCUGGCCCACCAAGAGGGCCAUGAGCUGCAUGAGCUGCUGCUGAACUACUGGAGGUGCCGUAAGCAGUUGAGCCAGGCACAGGCUGAGCUGCAGGCAGCCAACUCCGACUGCAAGAGUGCGCAGAAUCGCCUGUGGAGCUUUAGGGAUGAGCAGCUAACGCUACAGGGUGUGUGUGCAGAUCAGGUCAAGGUGUGCGGCUACCACCGCUUUCAACAGGUGGUCUUAAACGAGGCAGUGGUAGCUGAACUCAGGCAUCUCUUUGCGGCCAAAGCCGAGCUGCUCCAUCAGACUGUAGCCCUGCACUCCUAUACCUCAGUACUGUCACGCCUGCAAGUGGAGUCUUAUCUCUACCGCCUGCUCAGCACAAACCACAUCACCAGGGGCGUGGCCAUACAGGAGUCAGGCCCAGAGACACCCAAAUCUCAGCCUGCAUCUCUGCAGCCACUGAAGGAAAGCAUCAGCGUGCUGUUCAGUUUCACACGGCGAGUUCUAGAUGAUUCUCAGUUCCAGAACGACAUUCAUCUGUGGCUGCAGAAACUGGUGUCAGUAUUACAUCGAGUCGGCUCAGCUGGAGAUCAUCUGUACAUCCUCAACCAUCUGCUGUGCUGUCCUGCAGGAGUCGGGAAAUGGGCUGUGCCCUUUCUACAGAUUAAAGUGCUGGAAAACCCAUCUGGAGUUUAUCACUUCAUGCAGGCGCUAGCUGUUCUCAUGUCUCCAGUACGGGACCGAGCUGACUUUCUUUGCCACAUGAAGCCUAGUGAUGUGAAAAGUAACAACAGCUAUUCAGGACCUACAACUGCCAACUGGACCCUGGUAGAUGAGGGUGGAGAAGAGGAUGAAGAUCCAGAGACAAGCUGGCUGCUGCUAUCAGAAGAUGACCUCAUUGCUCUGCUAUCUCAGUUUCCUUUUGAUGAACUCUUCAAACACUUACUAGGAAUGUCUUCAAAAGGCAACUACCAGCCUCAGGCCACCACCAGUCAGAAGAUGAUGAAGAUAUUUGCGUUUGCCUCCUCACUGGUUGAACUGCUGGCUGUUGGCCUGCGGACGUACAACCGGGCUCGCUACAGACAGUUUGUGAAGAGGAUUGGCCACAUGAUCAGGAUGACGCUGUGCUAUGUGAGUGAUCACUGGGCACAGUACAUCUGUCUGACCGGGGUAAGCAGGACCACCAUGCAGGAACAAUCCUUCUCUAUGGAGAAACUGCAGGUGGAGUUCGACCAUCUCUUCCUCCGUGCUGUCUUACAUGUUCUAAAGGCAAAGAGGCUGGGCAUCUGGCUCUUCAUGUCGGAGAUGCCUUAUGGAACUCUGUCUAGUGCAAUGCUUUGGAAAAUCUUCUACAUCAUGCAGUGUGCUGAGACGGAGGGUCUAGACAGGCUGGGCUGCAGUCUGAGUGUGGAGAGCUGCAUCGAGGGCCUCCGAGAACCAAGUCACCAGGAGAAGUUUAAGGACUGGCUGUCGGAGAUAAAUAGCUCGGAUGGGAUUUGCCUGCUGACGACAUUUGCUCACAUGGCUCAACCCAAGCGCACUGACGCAGACCCGGAGUUUGUCAGAACCAUUGUGCUGGAGAUUUACGAGGUGUCUUAUGUCUGUGUGUCCACACGAGAGAUCUUCUCCAAAGUGGGGAGAGAGUUACUGGCUGCAAUAGCAACAGCCCACCCUCACAUCAUCUCUGUGCUGUUGGAGAGACUGAGGGAGACCAUUGAGAAAGUUGGCAUGUUUUUUCAUGGAGCAUUGCAGGAAAAGGAUUUACAAACUUUUGAAGUGUCACUCUACCUGUUUAAGGAGCUGCCCCUGCAUUUAUGGAGCCCUAGUACAGAGGAGGUUGGAGUCAUUCGAAGCUGGCUGCUGGAUUACAACUUGUCUACAGUGGAGAACAAGCUGGCCUGCAUUAUUUUGGAGGGCCUCAACUGGGGAUUCCAACCAAGUGGUUGCCUUGCUCUGCCAGCUGCGCUGCACAGUGAAGUGGCACUGUUGGUGGUGGAGGCCUAUCAGAAGUACCUCACAGAUAAACCCUACGCUGGCAUCAUCUCAGAGGGCAUCAAACAGGUUUCUUAUCUGGCCAACAUAAUGCGGCUGGGUCAGACUCCUGAAAUGUCCUUUAACCAGUGGGCCUGGGACCUGGCGCUGCGUCUGAAGCUCCACUCUAACGAGAAGAAUCCACAGGACCCUUGGUGCCCGCUGCCCUCCUCCUCAGGUCCCGCUGUUCCUGAGGUCACAGAUACGCCCACCAUGCACCCUGUGCUCAAAGCUGUUAAAGCUGGCAUCCCCAUUGGCUGCUUCCUGGCCCUUGAUAUGACCACCAUUGGGCACAGUUUGGAGAAGUUCUGCAGUGAAGGCAUUCAUCUGCUGAAGACCUUGGUCCAGUCUCGACACCUCAAAGCUGUGGUCCACGUGCUGGACAACAUCCUGCCACUGGCCUACCACUGCCAGUUCUACCUGCUCAAGAACGAACAGUUCUUGAACUGUAUCCAGCUUUUCCUGCAGUUGGACAGUGGGGCACCGCAGGGGGUGACUCAACAGGUCACACACAAGGUGGCCCAACAUCUCAUGGGCCCCUCGAGCUGUGAGAACAUCAAACUUCUGAACAGUGUGAUCCAGUCCCACAUCCUGGAGAGCUCUCGGGUUGGCCGUGUUGGAGCUGUAGCUGUUCUGGAGUUCUGGCUGAAUGUUUUAACUGAGCAGAGCCUUUGGCACAGAGACAGAACUGUUCUGUACCUGCUGGACCAUCUGUGCCGCGCUGCUUUUCUUCACCAGCAGGAGGAGUGUCUCCAUAAACUUCUCUACCAACAGCAUAAGAAUGCACUAGGUUACCAUGGAGAUAAAGGUCUUCUGUCUUCCUUUAUGGGAUGGAUUGUGGCUGGAAACAUCACUCCUUCCUUCAUUGAAGGCAAUGCUCUGACCAGUGAGGUGUGGUUUGCUUGGUUGGUUUUAAACAUGGAGUCUAUCUUUGAGGAGGAUUCUCAGUUGCGGCGCUGUGUGGAGCAUGAGCUCCUCUCUAACCCAGCGCUCACCCCAGACCAGGCUCUGAAGAAGGCUCAGGUGCGUUUGAAGCUGCAUGUGGUACCCUCCCUGCAGAGGCUGAUGGUGUAUAGAUGGGCUCAGCAGGCUCUGGCCACACCAGCAGAUCACCCGCUGCUGCCUCUCAUCUGGCAAAAGUUCCUGCAGCUCUACCUACGCCAGCCUGGGCCAGAGUUUGGACUGGAGGCUAAAGGUUGCAUUGGGAAGCGCUACUUUCACAGUGCCGCCCACGUCACCCUGCUCAAAGAUCUCAGGCAGCGGCUAGUGGAGGUCUGUGACUUUCACCAUGCAGCUGGUAAAGCCCUCAAAGUGCAAAGCCCAUCCAGCGAAACAGCCAGUGAUGGGGAAACCACCCCUGCAACCCCUAUAACCCAGUAUAUGACCUCUCCUGAGCUGCACGUCGAAGUAGUAAGACUUUUCAGUGCCUUUGCCAUGUGGAUGGAUGACGAGAAUCUACAGAAACAGGAAGUCUUCUUGCCUUCAUUGCCAAAGCAGUAUGAUGCCCACCGUCUGGCCAAAAUCAUGCAGGGCCAGCAGGAGCUGUGGAUGGAGUAUGUGGACAUUGAGCGGGUCCAGCAUGAACUUAAUGAAGUUCUUAGUCUGUGGGGAAAGGUUAAAAGUGAGCCUUCGUUCUCUCAGAGCAGCAGCAACUCCAUCUUCAUUGACUUCAUUAAUCCUCAGGCUGCAAGAGAGCGUAUCCUCACCAACCUGAAGAAGCACGAUGCUCCCCAGGGGGCGCUGUUGCUGGUACCCAUGAAGGCUCCAGUGCCUGAUAUUCCCACAGGAUGCCUUUCUGAUGAGCAAACAUCUGCUGCUCUCAUCCAGGAGGAUCUCACCAAGCUGCAGCACCAGGCUAAACUGGCUGCAGUGAGAGAGACGCAGCAGGUGGCUCUGGACAACGAGCUGCUGGAGGUUCUGCCUCAGCUCUACACCAACCGUGAGGAGCAGCUCUCCAUGCAGCUGGAGUGCAAAGGCAAGGGAGGCCAGCCAUGCCAAGGCCCUGCUCAUAUAACAGUCAAGUAUGCAGGCAUGCAGAAACUCGAGCCAGUCCAGAAUCAGAUCCAUUCCCUGAAGAAUGACAUCAAGCAGCUACAAGGCGAUGCAGUUAAACCUCCUUCCCAGAGCCUAGCUGAGGGUGCAGUGCAUACAGAGAAUUUCAUCACGACCCUAGUUAAUGCCUACAAGUUACAUCCGUCACCAGCCAUCCAGAAGGUGGGAAUUUCAGCAUUUUAUCAUAUAGUGUCUUUCGUUUGUGAGGACACCCAGAGACACCCGCCCACUCGACAGUUCUUCACCUCCUGUGUGGAGAUUCUAGGACAGGUGUUUAUCCGGGACACUCAAACAGAGUGCAAGCGCAUGCUAAAAACCAUCCUGCUGAACCGGCGCCUGUGCAACCUGCUUUCACCCUACUUCACUCCCAACGCCUCGCCUUCUGAACUGGUUGUUCUGUACGAGGAGGUGGUGACGGCGCUUCAUGCAGACAGCGGGGAUGUCAUCUUCAUGCUUCUCACUAAAUUUGAUCUGGCGCAGUGGCUGUCUGCCGCUCAGCCUCAGUUCCCUGAGCGGAGCCGCUUGGUGGAGCUCAUCCACCUGGCCCUCACAGCGUGCGGCCUGGAGCCUGAGCCUGAGGUCCUCAUGCCUUUUAAUCUCUUCUGCAAACACUGGACCCAGCUGCUGGUUUAUCAGUUUCCUGACCACUACAGUGACUUCCUCCGACUCCUCACACAGAGCUCCUCAGAGCAGCUUCUCAGCUCUGAUUGCUGGAGGGCUUCUCUGCGAGUGCUCGGCUGCAGCUCUGCUUCUAAAAAGAAAGUGUCCAGAUCCUCUUCCACACAGUCCAUCUUUCUCUCUCCCCAGCAGGUUGAAGAAACAAUAGAAUGGCUUUCCAAAUACUUUCUCAAGCUCCGUCUCUCCAAAGGAGACUUUCGCAGUUUUGGCCUUCUCUCUAAAUGGAGGCCAUACAUUGAGGAAGUCAAAACAUUCUUUGAGUAUCUGAUCAGUUUCCUCAUUGAUCUGGAGUUGAACAACUGCAGUAAAGAGCCUGUGGGGAGUGCAGGAUUGGUCAAAGCUCUUCAGGACCUCCAUUCAAAAAUGGCAAAACUCUUCAGGCCCUGGAUUCUAGUCCUGGACACAGACGAUGCAAGCAACCCUCGCUGUUCUCCCUGGCUGGAGUCUGAUACAGCGCUAGCAGUUAGUCUGGUUGGCCUGUAUACGCAGUUGGCUGAGACCUUGCAUGACAAAUUCAGAGAUCGCCUGUUGCCAGGACAGAGAGGUGCUCUGUGGCUACACCUCAUGCACUACUGUGAGACCUGCACCUCCCCGAAGAUGCCCGAAUACCUGCUCUACACGUAUCACACUGAGUACAGCCGCCUGCCGUGGAAAGAUCUCCAUCCAGACCAAGCCCUCAUGAGCCAGUUCUUUAAUGUGGAGAGAGGAAGUCCAAAGAGCUGUUUCCUUUUUAUGGGUGAAGUUCUGUGUGAAGUCAACUGGGUCAGUGCGUUAAGUGAUGCUCUAAGCCCCCAGCCCAGUCCAGGUUCUCAGACAAUGGUGGUCUACCUUCUCUACCUGAUGGUCUUCCUCGCUAAAGAAGACCAUCUUCUUAACAAGCCUGAGUCCUCCCUUUUGAAUCUACUCGGCCAGGCCACCUCUCUGCCCUGGCACCUGGUAGACUUCUCUUCCUACCAAAAUGUCACAUCCUAUGUGAACACCCACUACCCAGCAUCCCUUGUUCUCAACCGAGACACAUCUUCACAGCUAGUUAUCAAACUCCUCAAAAUGGCUGCUGGUUUUGGGUCCUCCUUAGACGGAUUCCACCACAAGGACAUGACUUUAAAGUGCCAAGCCUUCCUCCAUCUGAUGGUACAGUUUCUGACCUCUCUGGAUCAGAAUGGUAACAUCAGUCUGGCUUCUUUAGAGAUGGAGAUGGAGAGACUAUUGGAAUGCAUUGUAAAUUUCAGCCCCCCAGAAACAGAUCUGCAGCAGAGACAUAUGGCCACAUGCAGCCUGUUUGCUGAGAUGCUGACGUUGCUCAAUGGUGCAAGUGUGUCCACGGCAGAGGGGCUUGGGUCCAAGCUCCACUCCUGGGUGGAGAAAAUGGCGAGGGGUCCACCACUGGUGUUACCACUGCUCACAGCUGCAUGCACAUGUCUGGCCUCUGUGCGUCACAUGACCCGCACCACUGAGGCCUGCAUAUUGUCCUACUUCACCGAUGGGGGUUGUGUGGAUCAGUACUCUGGAUGGGGGCCCAUCCUGGUCUCUCUCCAGGUUCCUCAGCUGACUGUGGAUGAAUUCAUCCAAGAGAGCCUGGCCCUGGGCAGCUACCUCACCUUAUAUGUGUACGUCCUUCAAAAGCUCAAUAUGGAACAGACCCUGCUUAAUGAGAAGAGAACGCUUGUGCUGCUCAACUCCUGGAUCAACCAAGUCUUUCCUAGCAGUCCGGCAGAUGAGGCCAAGCUGUUCCUGUGGUGGCACAAAGCCUUGCACCUGCUGCAGGUUCAGGUGGAUCAGGGGGACCCAUGUGGACUGGAAGCUCUGGUUCUCUCUUUGAUGGCCUUCCAGAACAGCCUUGUUCAGCUGGGAGAGGAGCGAGUCAGCUCAGGCAUCCUUGGAGCUAUUGGCCUGGGAAAGAAGUCCUCGCUCUCCAACAGAUUUCGAGUGGUUGCUCGUAGCAUGUCAGCAUUCCUCCUGGUGCAGGUGCCUUCAGAAAGCCAGUUACGUCUUCACCCAGGAACAGAGCUGCAGCUGUCUCCUAAAGCCCAGCAGGCUCUGGCGGUGCUGGAAUCCAUGCCAGGCAAUAAGCAGUACUCAGAGCUGCAGCAGACCUUAAGCCAAGCCUGUCAGUUCAUUAGGUACCCCGGUCACUGCCUUCGUGACAGCAACCGCCUUUUAUCCCUGCUGAUCAACUCGCUCUACGCUGAUCUUCAUUACCUGGACAUCAUUCGCUAACAGCCUGGUCUCCAAGGCAGAGAGCCAAGCCUGUGAACUCGUCUGUGCUGAGGAUGCACUGGUAAAGACACGAAGAAUAAGCGCAAAGGGCGAAAAGAGGUGUUUGUUCAGGACUGAGGGACAAAUCAGUGGAUCAUUCUUGCUGUGAUUGGGUUCUUCACAUGGAACCUUAGUCAGGAAGUUAAAUCUUAAAUAUUUAUUGGAAGAAAUAGCAAAGAGAAUAUUUAAACCUAAAUGACCUAAAAUCUUCAAAGCUGCUUCAAAGUGUCAAGGUAACCAGCAAGUGUGUUGUGGUGUUUCAAUCUUUCUCUCUCUCUCUUUUUUUUUACUCCAUCCUCCCAUUACAUUUUUUGUUUUUUCUUCCAUACAUGAUAACCUUUCUUCUGUUUUAAUCAUUGUUCUGUGCCAAAUUAAUGGCAAACCAACAGUGCAAAUGUGGCAAAUAAGUACAUGUUACACAUAGCAUUCAACAUUGAUCAGAAUGUUACAAUUAUUUAAUUCAGUAGACAUAUAUAUAUACAUAUAUAUAUAUAUAUAUAUAUAUAUAUAUAUAUAUAUAUAUAUAUAUAUAUAUAUAUAUAUAUAUAUAUUAAAUCAGUGUGUCAUAUGUAUAAAGUAUUUUAAAGGUUUUACGGGUUUUAUGUGUUUUUUGUUUUAAAGGAAUAGUUUGGCAAAACAAAAUCAAGUUAGCAUGAUUCAACCCUCACCCCACAUGCAGUUGAUCAAACAAGACAUUAUUGGUGGCUGAAGUUAUCAUCUGUAUUUUUUGCAAUAUAAGGCUUACUGGAUUAUAAGGCGCAUUCUUUUUAAAGUCAAAUGAGUGCUGGAUGUUAAUCUACACAGAUUUCUCUCCAAAAAAAUUGUUUAUUUGGGUGAGUAAUGUGCUUCUGUUUAUUUACAGUAAGCGUAGAUUUCCAGAUUUCCACUAAGGCUAGCCAGACAGCGCUACACUGAGGAACCCUGAGUGUUUUGGUAAACCAGAGCGAUAUUAGCUAGCGGUUCAUCACACAUAGCUUGUUUUAACAUGGUAAACAGGAAGGCUAGAGUCCGAUAUACUCACCUCUGAACAGCAAAAAAGUUUAUAGCGCUUAGCGCGUUUAGCAGUUAAUGCUAAUGCUGCUCCAGCAGUGCUAGCCGAUAAUACUUACCUCUAAACAGCAAAAGACAGGGUUCGUAUGGUCAUGAAAAACCUGAAAAGUCAUGGAAUUUGAAAAUGGCAAUUUCCAGACCUGGAUAAGUUUUGGAAAAUACAAAACACCCAAAAAGUUUUAGAAAAGAUGUGGAAAUUUGGUCUACAAAUCUUUGUGUUUCCAUUUAUUGAUGGGAAAAAUCUAUUUUGAGCUAACAAAAAUACAUCAGCUCAGAGUUAAUUCAGUAAUUUAGCCCUACACAACGGAGCUCUCAGGAUCUGACACUAUUAGUAUUAUUAAAAAGAGAUUGUGUGCCAGCAUUUUUAAAACAAUAUUCAUUUUAGGCCUACUGUAAUCGAUGUCUGCACUGAUGUUUUUUAAGUGCAGCUUAUAGUGCAAACAAAUAUGGUACUUGUUUAGUUCAGAAUGAAGGAUACUAGGCUAAGAUAGCAAACAAACUAUCAGCAUAUCAUCUGUGUAAAAACAUGAAAUGUAAUCAUGAUGGACAUUCAUAAGCUGCAUUCCAAAGCCUAGGCAACAGCAGAGGUGGGCCGGGUCAUUGGUAACAGUGUACUUAUGAAUAGGGGUGGGACUCACAGGGGAUCUCACAAUACGAUAUGUUGCCAACAAUAACGAUGAUACUCCUAUUCUGCAAUACUUGAUAUAUUGAUACGUGAAGACAAUUCUCUAUGAUACUUCAUGGCAUCUGUGUUACUAAAGAGGAUAAAAUACUCUUAAGUAAGCAAAUACCAGGAAUGAUGGAUUUAAUUGUAUAUGGUGUCAGUUUCACAGAAUCUAACAACCAAUAUUCGUCACUUUAGGUUUACCCUAUCCAUUUGAUUAUAGUGCAACCACUUGGAGUGAUGAAGCAGUAACUUUAGUAAGUCAAAUUUGGGGAGCGAGUCUUUGUUAGAAUAAAAAUAAGGACAUGCAUUGACAAUGUAUCAUAAACAAAAGCAAUGCAAUAUUUUGCAAUAUCAAUAUUUUGUCUUACUCCUAAAUACAAAGACUCCUUCUCAGUACAGGGCACAAACAUAGAACAGACUCACAAGGCUUUUGCUUCACAGCUGGAACAAAUUCAUCAGAUAAUACCAUAGGUAUAGGUUUGUGUAAAAUAAACAUUGUUGUUUUAUUCUAUAAACUACAGACACCAUUUCUCCAAAAUUCCAAAUAAAAUAUUGUCAUUUAGAGCAUUAAUUUGCAGAAAAUGAGAAAUGGCUGAAAUAACAAAAAAGAUGCAGAGCUUUCAGACCUCAAAUAAUGCAAAGAAAACAAGUUCAUAUUUACAAAGUUCCGAAAUUAUUAUUUGGUGGAACAACCCUGGUUAUUAAUCAGAGUUUUAAUGCAUCUUGGCAUGUUCUCCUCCACCAGUCUUACACACUGCUUUUGGAUAACUUUAUGCCACUCCUGGUGCACAAAUUCAAACAGUUCAUCUUUUUUUAUUUUUAUUUUUUUUUUUAUUUACUAUGCCGAUCUUGAGAUGGGAUUGAUUACAUCUACCUACUAGUUGGAGACCUCCAGGGGAGUACUGCAAAAUAUAUUAGCUGCUUUCUUAAAAAAAAGGGGAAAUUCUUGUUGAAAUACUAUGUAGUCCAAGACUAAGCUUAAUCCCUGUCUAGGAAACUGGACUACAAUGUUUAUUGGACUUUACUCAUGAUGUGCUUGUGUACAUAAAACUUUUGCACAUUA